UAUUAUUGCCAAAUAAUAUGUUUUAUGUCAUCAUUGUAUCGUGAAUUCUAUUUUUAGAAAUUCUAAUUUAAGUUCCGGUUUUUAUUGGUUAUUUUUAGCUAAUUUGUCCAUCAUGUAUCUAUUUAUAAAUGCCUGUGCUUGUACCUUGUCAUUAGCCAAUGAAAUGAGAGUAUUUCGAUCACGUGUAUAUAACUUCUGUUUUAAACUCAAGUGUGAGAAAGACGUGUUUCCGUAAUCUAAGAUAUUGAUCGCUUUGUAAAGUUUAAAUUCACGGCCAUGUACUUUCCGAUAGUUUGAGAAGUAUUGGACGCGGGAGGAUUUGCUUUGGAACUUUGUUAUUUAGUUAAAAAAAACCAUGCCUAAGCGGGCUUUAGAGGGGCGGUCAACAAAAAGGAGGCGACCGGCAAAAGUACCACGAAAUGAUGACUUAAGUCUUCAAGCAGAACCAGUGUCUGAUGAACCAGUGUCUCGUGCAGAACCAGUGUCGAGUGAUGCUAUUAAUUACGACUUAUUAGCUGCAGCAAUCUUAAGACAAUCCCAAACUUUGUCCCAAAACCAGACAAAUUCGAGUGAUACCACCAUGGAUAUCCUGCAGCCAUGUGUUCAAAACCAGGGUGAUAUGGAAGCCCACGCCCAUCCAAUGGCAAGUCAGCAAACAACAACAUCAACAGUUAGUGACAACCAGCCUCAGCAAAAUAUUGCAGACUUAGUUAGUGCGUUAUUACAACAAGACGGUCAAGGUGAGCCAGCAACUGCCAAUCUUAAAAAUGUUAUUGAUUUAUCUGAUGGGAUUCCUCUUGGGGCUGCAACACCUCAUCGAUUAAAAGCUAAGAUCUGGGCAAAUCAAUUUAUUGAUUUAGGUUUGCUGUUGCAGCGUCGAGAGGAUCCUAUUUCGUUAAACAUAUCAUCUGGGUCCCUUAUUGUACAGCAAGGGUCAUCAAAGCCCAAAUUGCCAAUGUCAAUUCAGCGAUGGACUGAUGCUUUUUUGAUUUUUAUGGGAAUUUUUAUUGAAAAAUAUCCAGAACAGGCUCCCCAUCUCCUAAAGUACUGCUAUUUUAUUAGAGAAAUGAACAAAAUGUUAGGAGAUAAGGCCUGGAGAAUCUAUGAUGAGAAUUUUCGGAUGUUGAAAGAGACUGUUGAAUUACCGUGGCAAAAACCGGUUGAAGAAUUAAGAAUCAAGGCUGCUUCUAGCAAUUAUCAAUUUCAGCAGCCCUUUCGAGCAAACACAGGCAAUAAGCCUAUUAGAUUCUGCUAUGCCUUUAACAAUGGGGAACAAUGCACUCAUAACCCCUGCUCAUUUGCCCACAGGUGUCAAUCAUGCUCAGGAUCACAUGCAAGAGCCAAUUGUAGAUUUCGUAAACAAAAACCAACAAAUACCAACACUGUCACCAAGUCCUCAACAAUCACCCAGCCAACUACCUUCCCCAGUCAACCCAAAAAGUUUAGGUGAAUUUUUAGUUGAUUAUGACAGUGAUCAGGCUUCGUACUUGAUAAAUGGCUUUACUCAUGGUUUUAGAUUAGGUUGUACUUCUGCUCCUUCAUCCUGUGUACCUCAAAACCAUAAAUCCACAUUAGAUCACCCAGACAUUAUAGAAGAUUAUAUACAAACAGGGUUAAACAAAGGAAGAAUUGCAGGUCCAUUUUCAAACAAACCUUUUGAACAAUUUGUGGUAUCUCCAUUAGGUUUAGUGCCAAAAGGCAGUACAGGAAAAUUUAGGGUAAUUCAUGAUCUUUCAUUCCCUAAAAAUCAAUCAGUAAAUUCCAAUAUACCAAGAGAAAAUUCAGCUGUUCAGUACGAUUCCAUAGAUCAGGUGGUUGAUUUAGUUCAAAAGUUUGGGCGUGAAUGUUUAAUGGCGAAGACUGACAUUGAAGAUGCUUUCCGGAUCAUACCUAUUCAUCCAGCUGAUUACUACCUGCUAGGGUUUACUUGGGAAGGUCAAUACUAUUAUGACAAAUGUCUUCCUAUGGGAGCGAGUAGUAGCUGUCAAAUCUUUGAAUCAUUUAGUUCUGCUCUCCAAUGGGUCAUGGAAAAUGUCUUCAAUGCUUCGGGUAUGUCCCAUAUUUUAGAUGAUUUUUUCUUUGUGGGACCCCCAAAUUCAAUAACCUGUAGAAACGAUCUUGCUAGUUUUUUAUUUCUAUGUAAAAAAAUUGGGGUGCCAAUAAAAAUGGAAAAAACUCAGGCACCUACGACCAACAUUGUCAUUUAUGGUAUAGAAGUUGAUUCAGUGAAAAUGGAGUGUCGGCUUCCAGUAGAUAAGAUCCAAAAAAUAAAGGACAAACUUAACUUGUUCAAAAGGUGUAAAAAGGUCACUUUAAAAGAAAUGCAGUCAAUCAUAGGCCUUUUGAAUUUUGCUUGUUCUGUGGUUGUCCCAGGUCGAACAUUUCUUCGUCGUUUGAUCAACCUAACAUGUGGUUUGUCUAACCCAAAAUUCUACAUAAGAUUAAAUAAAGACUCAAGGGCUGAUUUAGAAACUUGGGCUACUUUUAUUGACCAUUUCAAUGGCAAGUCAGUUUUUCUGGAUAGAGUUUGGGUGUCAUCAGACCAUCUGAGUUUAUACACAGAUGCUUCUGGCUCAA